GCUGUGCCUACUGCCCCGGCCAGGAAUCUGCCUCCCACGCUGAGAGAGGGCAGCUGUGGCCGUGUCUCUGUCUCUGUCUCUGUCUCUGUCUCUGCUCUGCCUGGGAGCGAGGAGUGCAGCAUGGAGCACCUCUUCUCCCUGAGUCGCAGCAAGCUGCUCCCCAGGGUGCUUUGCAAAGAGGGGCUCGGCACCCGGACCUUCACGGGCACUUGUCUGGCCAAGCCCCAGCCGCCUGCGCUCGCCAGCAGUGCAGCUCGCCCCUGCGCGGGGGUCAGGACCCACCUGGCAGCUCCUGGCUCCAAGCCCGGCUUCCCCUGGGGGGUCUUUCCUCUGCUGCUGGGGCGCUCUGUGCCUCGCCGCUUGCUCUCCGACUCCAGGUUCAACAUCCCUCCCAGCGCAGAGUCGGUGGCCAGGCCUGUGGGGGUCUGCUCCAUGCUGAAGCUGCCUGUGCAGGUGUCUGCGGAGGGGCUGGACGCAGCUUUCGUUGGGGUCCCUCUUGACACGGGAACUUCCAACCGUCCUGGUGCGAGGUUUGGCCCGCGCCACAUCCGAGCCGAGUCGGUGAUGGUGAGGAGGUACAACCCUAGCACCCGGGCAGCGCCCUUCCACUCCCUCAUGGUCGCUGACCUUGGCGAUGUGAACGUGAACCUCUACAACUUGCAGGACAGCUGCCGGCAAAUCCGAGAGGCCUUUCGGAAGAUUGUGGCCACGGGCUGCAUUCCCCUUGUGCUGGGUGGAGAUCACACGAUAACGUACCCUAUCCUGCAGGCUGUCUCAGAAAAGCAUGGGCCGGUGGGGCUGGUGCACGUGGAUGCUCACACCGACACGGGAGAUAAGGCGCUGGGGGAGAAGAUCUACCACGGGACGCCAUUCCGACGCUGUGUGGACGAGGGGCUCCUGGAUUGCAAGCGUGUGGUUCAGAUUGGAAUUCGAGGCUCCUCAUAUACCCCCGAUCCCUACAAAUACAGCCGGGACCAGGGCUUCCGGGUGGUCCUGGCUGAGGACUGCUGGAUGAAGUCUUUGGUACCACUGAUGGGAGAAGUGAGGAAGCAGAUGGGAGACAAGCCCAUUUACAUCAGCUUUGAUAUCGAUGGCUUAGACCCCGCCUUUGCCCCUGGGACCGGGACACCUGAAAUUGCUGGGCUCACACCUGCUCAGGCUUUGGAGAUCAUCCGCGGCUGCAAAGGACUGAAUAUAGUGGGAUGUGACCUCGUUGAAGUUGCUCCAAUCUAUGAUGCUUCUGGGAACACGGCCCUCAUGGGUGCGAACCUGCUGUUUGAAAUGCUGUGUGCUCUCCCCCAAGUGAAAACUGCGUAAGCCCUCCUAUGGCAGGCUCCAGCUCAUGCUAAUGACAUUACUGACACUCAGGACCUACCACUGUAAUAUAUUAGCACGGCAGCGACCAAGUCACCUUCACUUUACCACAGCCUUCCCCAGCAAAGACUCUGUUUUUAUUAUGUUAAGGAAGCCUGAAGGGAACAACCUUGAUCUGUUUUGCUGCUCCUUUUUUGCCCUUCUUCCCCCUGUGCAGUUAAUGCAGAGCCUUUCAGUAGAGAAUAAAUGUCAUUCCUCACUGAAUAAAGCAACUCCAAGCUCCUUAUUUGUGUUAUGCAAGCAGAUGGGAUUGGCCAGUCCAUUUGAAGGACCUUGGUGGGACAGGCCUGUGGAUGCUUCAUUGUAAUAAAAUAGCUAGCAGCA